GGCUCGGGCACCGAGCGGGGCUGCAGGUGACACCGGCGGUGACACCGGGGCGACACGGGGGUGCCAGGACAGGUCCCGGUGCAUGGACACCCCCGGGCAGGCCCCGAUGGCGGCGCCGCUGCUGCUCUGGGUGGUUCUGCUGCGCUGGGCCAGCGGCGGGGGCUUCACCCGGGCGGGCAGGACCUGGCAGCACUGCACAGACCUGCGCCCGCUGGACGUGCUGUCGGAGGCGGUGCCGCCCGGGGCGCUGGCCCGGGGCAUGCGGGUGCUGCAGGUGCAGGGGCUGCGGGGAUUGCAGCUCUCGGCGUCGCGGCCCCGCGCCCUGGCCUUCCCCGCCUCGCGGCUCUUCAUCCACUGCGACCGCUUCCCCGAGGAGUUCUCCAUCAUCGUCACCCUUCGGGCGCUGCGCCGCCCCGCCAAGAGGAACGAGUACAUCUUCACGCUGAUGGUGGAGGAGAGCCCCGGCGUGCUGGUGGGGAUGCGCUACGCCCCCGACAAGCUGCACUUCAUGUUCUGGAGCCAGGAGCGCGCCGGAGGAUGGCAGAGCCGCGUCACCUUCCCCAACGUGUCCCUCUCCGACAGCCGCUGGCACACGCUCGUCCUGGCCGUGUCCGGACAGUCCUUCUCCUUGACGGUGGAUUGCAGCGUGCCCAAGGAUGUGGUGGUGGAGACCCCAUUUCCAGCCUCGCUGUCGGUGAGGAGAGCCAGCUUCUACCUGGGCAACAGGAGGAGGAGGAAAGGCGUGUUCACGGGCUUGCUGAGGCAGCUUGUGCUGCUGCCAGGAGCUGAUGCCACCCCCCGGAUGUGCCACGGCCUGAACUUCAAAGUGGCAACGCUCUCUGUGCCCAGUGUCCUCCAGGAUGUCCCUGCGAAGGCAGUGAGCAACGAGGUGCUCAAAUACCCCUACGAGACUGACAUGAAGGUGACCCUGGGGGCCCGGCCCCGCUGCUCCAAGCAGGAGAAGGCUCAGUUCUGGUUCAAUGCCUCCCGGCGUGGGCUCUACCUGUGCAACGGCAGCACCUGGCUCUCCAUGCUGGAAGUCCAACCCAGGCUGGACUACGUGGAGGAGCACCAAAAGCUGGUGACCAACUCGGAGACCAUGGGCGUUGAGGUGUUCAGCAUCCCCAGGCUGGGGCUGUUUGCAGCCACGGCCAACAGGCUGACACCCCCGGGAUCAGCCAUCUACAGGUGGACUGACGGCAAGUUUGUGCACUACCAGAACAUCCCCACACACCAGGCACAGUCCUGGAAGUAUUUCACCAUUGGGAAGAAGAUCUUCCUGGCAGUGGCCAAUUUUGAGCAGAACGAGAGGGGCCAGGAGUUCUCGGUGAUUUUCAAGUGGAGCCGCAGGAAGGCGAAGUUCCUGGCGUACCAGAGGAUCAGCACGCACAGCGCCCGCGACUGGGAGGCCUUUGUCAUCCAGGGAGAGGCUUUCCUGGCUGUGGUCAACCACAGGGAAGGGAACAACCACAACAUAGACAGUGUGAUAUACAGGUGGAACCCCAGGACAGGGCUGUUUGAAACCAACCAGACCAUUCCUACCUCUGGAGCCUACGACUGGGAGUUCUUCACCAUUGGGCCAUAUUCCUUCCUGGCUGUGGCCAACACAUUCAAUGGCACCUCCACCAGGAUCUACUCACACAUCUACAUCUGGCUCAGGGGCUCCUUCCAGCUCUUCCAGUCCAUCCUGACGUUUGGUGCAGCUGACUGGGAGGUUUUCCACAUUGGGGACAGAGUGUUCCUGGCUGUGGCCAACAGCCACAGCUAUGACAGCGGGAUGCCAGCACCCUCCAACUUCUAUGCCAUCAACUCCUCCAUCUAUGAGCUGAAUGUCACGGCCCAGAUGUUUGUUAAAUUCCAGGACCUUCUCACCUACAGUGCCCUGGACUGGGAGUUCUUCUCGGUGGGAGACGACUCUUUCCUGGUGGUGGCCAACUCCUUCGAUGGCUUCACCUUCUCUGUCAACAGCAUCAUCUACAGGUGGCAGGGCUACGAAGGCUUCGUGGCAGCGCACCAGCUGCCCACGGUGGGCUGCAGGGACUGGGAGGCGUUCCACACCGCCGAGGGCUCCUUCCUGCUCUACUCCAGCGCCAGGGAGCCGCUCUCCAAGGUGCUCAGGCUGAAAACCACCUGAGGCAGCCGAGACACGCCCAGCCCAUCGGGGGAGAGGGACACAGAGCCCGGGAAUGGCUGCAGCAUCAGAGCAUCAGCCGGGCAGGGGCUGCUGCAGGAAGGGAGGAAGAGGAGGAGGAGGGGAGAGCUCCAGGCUCCCUGCAGCCUUGU